GGUAGGAAGGGGUUGGGGGUUGCGCUUGUCGGCUCUCAGAUGCAUACACUGCUACCGCGACUUUGCGGUUCGGGGCCGUUCUUUUAUGCAUUCCCUUCAUAGCGCAGUCAAGUGGAAAAAAGAUUCCUCAACUUUUUCAGCAGAUUAAAUAUGAAAUGGGAACAGAAGCAUACGCUUUAUUAUGUGAAAAAGAGCAAACAGCCUGCUAUUCGAAGGAAACUCGUGAAGUAACAUGGAUUAGUCAUAUCAGAAUUUAUAGAAUUGUUUGAGGAAUUUUGCACGGUAUCCGAUCUGUAUCAAAUCUAUGGAAAUACCCGAGCAGGGACGUCGACAACGGAGUAGCAGUUGUUUCUACGUGAAGUUUAAUUGAAAGAGUGGCUGGGGCUAAGCGACGUGGACCAGCGCCUCUACGUGUUGGAGCGCCUGGAGGAACUGGUGACGCUACAGGACCAGCAGGAGACCCCCCCCGGACCCCCCGGAGACCCCCAUCUCGGUACCUGUCCUCCCCAGCAUCCGCAGCAUCAUGAGCAGCAGAGCCCAGUGAGGGCAGUGCCGGAGGAGUGCGGUGAGAGCAUCCACACAGUUGGUUCUGAAGAGGGCGAGUCAGAAAAAGGAGAAGAGCGGCAGGAAAUAGCAGUGGAAAUGUUUCGGAAAAAAGCUUCGUCCUCCUUGAGAAUGAGAAGAAUAUCAGAAAGCAAUAGAUGGAACAUCGACCGCGGGCGCAGCUCGUCCUUCCAUGAGGUGCGUGGUCUUCGGGAGGCUGAGAUGAGGGCGGCGGCCGACGAGACGUCCAGCAGCAGCAGCGGCAGCAGCAACACCGUCCUGCAGCGACUCCUCCAGGAGCAGAUGCGCUAUGACGAGGGACGCAACUACCAGCUGGCCAUGCAGCAACAGCAGGAGCAGCAACGACAGCGGCAGCAGCAGGAAGGAGGGGUGAGCGGGGGCUACCCGGGCCAGGGAGGCCCCAACGACGACAGGCACGACUCCAUGGUGCCCCACAUUGCCCGGCAGGAGCCCCAGGGACAGGAGCUGCAGGCGGACAGUGGCAUGGAGAAACUGGGCUCCCGCGGUGGGGGUAGUAGUGGAGGAGGAGGGAUGAGUGGUGCUGGGGGAGGGAGCGGCCAGGGUCCCAACCCAGAGGACUUACCCACCUACGAGGAGGCCAAGGUGCAGUCGCAGUACUUUCGCGGCCACCCGCACCACCAGCUACAACAACAACAACAACAACAACAACAACAGUUGCCUCCGUCGGUGGGCGCAGCAUUUUACGUGACGGCCGUAACCAACAAUGGCAAGGUGCGUACGGAGGGGCGUCCCACGGUUCAGCGUCUGAGCAGCGGGGGAAAGGUGCACCAGGACGACGGGCUCAAGGACCUGAAGCAGGGCCACGUGCGCUCCCUCUCCGAGCGCCUCAUGCAGCUCUCGCUGGCCACCAGCGGGGUCAAGGCCCACGCCCCUGUCACUAGUGCCCCUCUUUCCCCUCAGCUUCCCCCUCCGGGUCCGCCGGGGGACUACUACAAGCCCUCGGGCCAGCACCGGGGCCCCCCACCUGACUACCCCUUCAAGAACAUGGGCUCCUCUCCCAAACAGCUGCCGCAGCAUCAGGAGCAAGGAGGGCACUAUUACCAGGACCAUCGGCCAAGGGAGCAGGGCAGGAACGAGGUGCCACACGUCCGCUACCAGCCUCCGCCAGAGUACGGCUCCUUCAGGUCCAAUAAGGAGAGCUCCGUCCACUCCCAGAGGUCUGUCCAUCACCACAGCCCCACCUCCUCGGUCACCUCAGUGGGCUCUCUGUCCCGAGCCCAGUCCUCCACCCUCAGUAGUCUCCUCAGCGCCUCCCACCCCUCCCACACACACCCCCACCCCCAGGGGGACCCCUACGCCUCCAUGGCUCCCCGAAGUCCCCAGGGCCCUGGAUCACACCAGGGGGCUCCUGGAUCACACCAGGGAGACCCAUAUUUUCUCGGGCCCAUGCACCCUCCAAUUCAGAGGGGCCACGGCUUCCCACACGACCCCUACGGCUCCACCUCCAGGAUGCACCACCAGCAGCAGCACCACCAGUAUCAACAACAGCAGCAGCAGCAGCAACAACAACAACUCCAACACCAGCACCAACAGUACCACUCCCAGUCAUCCCAGGGCCACCCUCCCCAGCACUACCCCCACCCCCAGGGGGACCCCUUCGCCAUGAUGUCCCGCGCCCAGCAGAUGGUGGACAUGGUGUCAGAGGAGAACCGGCUGCUCAAGCAGGAGAUGGAGGUGUGCUGUGAGAAGGUCACCAAGCUGCAGAAGUUGGAGACAGAGAUCACGCUGGUGUCAGAGGCCUAUGAAAACCUGGCCAAGUCAUCCACUAAGAGGGAGGCUCUGGAGAAAACCAUGAGGAACAAGCUGGAGCUGGAGGUGCGCAGGCUGCACGACUUCAACAGGGACCUCAGAGAGCGCAUGGAUACUGCCAACAAGCAGCUAGCUGCUAAGGAGUGGGAGGGAACGGAAGACAACCGCAAGACCAUCUCUCAGCUACUCACCCAGAACAAAGAGACGGUGCGUGAGAAGGAGAAGCUGGAGAUAGAGCUGAACUCCCUGCACUCCUCCACGGACGACCAGAGACGACACAUUGAGAUCAGGGACCAGGCUCUCAACAACGCCCAGGCCAAAGUAGUCAAACUGGAGGAGGAGCUGAAGAAGAAGCAGGUAUAUGUGGAGAAGGUGGAGCGCAUGCAGCAGGCCCUAGCCCAGCUCCAGGCUGCCUGUGAGAAGAGAGAGCAGCUGGAGCACCGCUUACGCACACGGCUGGAGCGGGAGCUGGAGUCACUGCGCAUGCAGCAGAGACAAGGCGGCUCCCAGAGCAGCAGCAGUGGUCAGGAGUACAACACCACGGCUCUGAUGGAGCACCUGAGGGAGAAGGAGGAGAGGAUCCUGGCCCUGGAGGCAGACAUGACCAAGUGGGAGCAGAAGUACCUGGAGGAGAGCGUCAUGAGGCAGUUUGCCUUAGACGCUGCUGCCUCCGUCGCCACCCAGAGGGACACGUCGUCGUCAGUGGUAAGCCACUCCGCAAGCAGCAGCUAUGAGCAGCAGCUGUCAGUGGAGGCUCGUAUCCAGAAGGAGGAGGAGGAGAUCCUGCUGGCCAACCGCCGCUGUCUAGACAUGGAAAGCAGGAUCAAGAACCUGCACGCCCAGAUCAUUGAGAAGGAUGCCAUGAUCAAAGUGCUCCACCAGCGUUCCAGGAAGGAUCCCAACAAGGACCGGGACGCCGCGGCCACCAUGCGACCCUCCAAGUCUCUGAUGUCCAUCGCCAACACGGGCGGCUCGGGCCUGCUCUCACACAGCUUGGGCCUCAGCAGCUCCCCCAUUACAGAAGAGCGCAAGGACAGCAGCUGGAAGGGCAGCCUGGGAGUUCUGUUGGGUCCAGAGUACCGUACCGAUUCUCUGAGGACAGAGUCCAUCUCGUCAUCUCCCUCCCCGGUCCUGCCCCUGACAGCAGGCCACUCUAAGACCGGCAGCAGGGACAGCUGCACCCAGACAGACAAGAGCCAGGAGGCUAGCAGUAAGCCCAGCACCCCAGCCCUGCAGAGCACGACCCUGCCCAGCCGCCUCUCCAGCCCCAGCCCCGUCUACAUACCUGACCGCAUCGCAGAUGUACCAGUGUUCCACAGCAGUACCCUGGAGAGGCGUGCCUUGGCACAGUCCCACCCCCAGGCCACAUCAGCCCCUCAACAGGAGGACAACGACAUGGUGGAGAUUCUCAUCUGAACCAUGGCCUCUAUAGGUCACAGGACAAUAUGUGUUUGUGCACAAUCAAUACACACACAAACAUUUAGACACACACUUUCAAAAUAGGUGGAGGAUUCAUCUUUUUGUUUCUUUUUUUCAACGUUUGGUGUUUAAAUAGUUGUCGGGUGACCGAGGGUGUGUUCAAAUGCACAACUUUUUUAGAUGUGCUUUAUUAAUGAACAAUACUUUGUACGGUUUGAUUCGGGAGGUUUUAGUGUCAUCAGAAUGAUCAGUGAACUCUUGAACAGUGUUGCUGGAGGCUAACUAGCCCUCUUGGAUCAAAUGUAUUGGCUACCAUACGUUGCAUCUAUUGGUUAACUAGCCCUCUUGGAUCAAAUGUAUUGGCUACCAUACGUUGCAUCUAUUGGUUAACUAGCCCUCUUGGAUCAAAUGUAUUGGCUACCAUACGUUGCAUCUAUUGGUUAACUAGCCCUCUUGGAUCAAAUGUAUUGGCUACCAUACGUUGCAUCUAUUGGUUAACUAGCCCCCUUGGAUCAAAUGUAUUGGCUACCAUACGUUGCAUCUAUUGGUUAACUAGCCCUCUUGGAUCAAAUGUAUUGGCUACCAUACGUUGCAUCUAUUGGUUAACUAGCCCUCUUGGAUCAAAUGUAUUGGCUACCAUACGUUGCAUCUAUUGGUUAACUAGCCCCCUUGGAUCAAAUGUAUUGGCUACCAUCUAUUGCACUACUUACUUUCAUGAGUGUGUUUAAAAAUAUAUAUUUUUACGUUAAGUCUGACUUAGGUCCUCUAUUUAUAUGUAGUAAACAGUACAUUAUUCACCAAUGUUAGAUGUGGCACUUGGGUAAUCAGUGAUAUUGUAAACUACAAAACAUUUUAACCUGUAAAUACUGUAUGUAUGGCAUGUGUAUCAUUUAACUGAACUGAAUGGAAUAGGUUUUUAGAAGCCAUUCGGUUACAUGGCACUGCCAGCCAAGGACCACAAUGCACUGUUUAAAGUAUUGGGGGACCGGCCCCCCAUGUCACAGUGAAACUUGGGGGAGCGACACUCACAUUUCUACUGUGGUCCAAUGUGCUGCCUGUGUGACCCCACUGGAUGGGGUCUGUCUCUUUCGAAGUGCAGCAGUAGAAGAGGUUUGGUGUUCACCGAUGUGCCUAUGCAUCAGUUAAGGUUGUCCACUAUACCUGUUAAGUGUCCUUCAUUCCAGUCAUGCUGGGUUUGAAAGGGUCUUCCGCCCAGACUUGCUUCAAAUUAUAUUAGGCCUGAAAUAGUCCGUUAGGAUUUUAACUACUCGUUUAUGCAAUGAUCAGACAAUCUGGUAAUCAACUGUCUUUCUACAUCGAUUGACAUUGUAUUUAUGAAACUAUAUGGCUUCCGUUUACAAAGGAAGCCCAAUUUUGAUCUUUUUCCUGGUUAAACGCAACCUAUGUGGUGAUGUUAACAGUUGAAAUCCAAGCCAGUUUCACAACCGCACAUGUCCCUUUCUUUUGACCAAAGGUAACAAUGAGUUUGUCUGUGGCUUGAUGUGGUAAUGUUAUAUCUAUGAUCCUUGUCUGUAUCAUAGAUAUCACAUCAAACUUUCUAACAGUGACUGAAAUAUCCACCCACAUAAUCUAGGUAGCAGUUGUGAGCAUUUUUAAUCCAAACCAAAAAUGUGGGACCAAAGAAACUCUCCAACAGCCCGUCUCCUGGCCUGACCCCACUAUUGUCAAUAGGUUAAGUGGACGUUUAAAAAAAAAAACGCAACACUGAGG